AGAGAGAGAGAGAGAGAGAGAGAGUAAAUCAACACAUUACAAUGCAAAGACACACAUUGCAAUAAAUUAACACUCUGUGUCCCUGCCAAAAGCUGGAUAUGAAACAAAAACGGACAUUGACGACAUAUAAACAACUGACAAUGUUGAAAAACAUUUGGAAGUACAAGAACGUUCUCUCAGUCUGCACUCACAGCAUCAUACGUCUUGUCCUGGUUCUCCAACUUUCCAAUACCCCCGUAAAUGGUUUGGAAAACGUAGCCCUGAAAAAACCGACAGUACAAAGCAGUACAUGGUUUGGUGUUCCUGCUGGGUUCGCUACGUUGGCCAAUGACGGAAAGAGCUAUCCACAUUACUACGACGGCUCCUGCUCUCAUACAGAUCUCGCUUACGACACCCAACGAAACCAACCAGGUUGGUGGAUGGUCGAUCUUCUUCAGCCGUAUAUUGUUGAAUCUGUCAAGGUCACAAGCCGUGGUGACUGGCAUUAUCCUUUGCUGAAUUCCACCAUUUAUGUAUCUGAGAGGAAUCCCCAAGAUGAUCCGGAAUUCCCGAAAGAGGAGAGUAUGGGAAAGAUAUGUGUUCGCAGGAAGGAGGUAGGGCAGGGGGAAACUGUACUGUUGUCUUGUGGUACUCCUGUCUUGGGUCGGUUUGUCACCAUGGUAAAGUGGGACCGCGUCUACGGUUUGGUAUUGUGUGAAUUCCAAGUGUUUGCCCAGGCGGUCAUUGUGUCAUCAUCCAAUGUACAGUUUUCUGUGGCUAUUUCUGCGGGGCGAAAAAGUUUGGCGACUCCUGUAAUCUCAAAGCAGGGCGUGAGAAGUUUGGUAGAGUGUGCCAGAGUUUGUAUGUGGAAGGAGGAGAUAGGACAGAUGUGUAACGCAUUACAGUACAAGGCUAGCACAAGCCUGUGUGAGUGUCUACAGCUGUCGGCUUUACACUCAUACAAGCGACAACUGAAAGACCCUGACUGGAAGCUUGCUACGCCAAUAUGACCACAACUAGAGACUUGCUCGUUUAUGCAGAGUUUGCACUUUUUAGGCUGGUUUGUUUUACAGCACUUGCAACAUAAAUAUGUUAUAUAAGUGCGGAAGAGUAGAGGUUUUAUUUGAGAGUAGCA